UACAUAUAUAAAUCUAAAUAUUUGUGAAAACAAAAAACAUUGUCAUGGAUUUAAGUUACAUAUUUAUCGUCUGCCUGCUGGCGCUCUACAGCGCCGACGCCGAAAGCAAACAGAAGUCGGGCAGAGGCCGAGGCUCCAUGUGGUGGGGCAUUGCCAAGGUCGGCGAACCGAACAACAUUUCACCCAUCAGCACCAGCAUCAUGUACAUGGAUCCCGCCAUUCACUCAACACUGCGCCGCAAGCAGCGCCGGCUCGUCCGCGACAAUCCUGGCGUGCUGGGCGCCCUGGUCAAGGGCGCCAAUCUGGCCAUCAGCGAGUGCCAGCAUCAGUUCCGCAAUCGUCGCUGGAACUGCUCCACGCGCAACUUUCUGCGCGGCAAGAAUCUCUUUGGCAAGAUCGUCGAUCGAGGCUGCCGUGAGACGGGCUUCAUCUAUGCCAUCACCAGCGCCGCUGUGACCCAUUCGAUAGCGCGAGCCUGCAGCGAGGGCACCAUCGAGUCCUGCACCUGCGACUACAGCCACCAGACGCGCUCUCCGCAGGCCAAUCAUCAGGCGGGCAGCGUUGCCGGCGUCCGGGACUGGGAGUGGGGCGGCUGCUCGGACAACAUCGGGUUCGGCUUCAAGUUCUCGCGCGAAUUCGUGGACACCGGCGAGCGUGGACGCAAUCUGCGCGAGAAGAUGAAUCUGCACAACAAUGAGGCGGGCCGUGCGCACGUUCAGGCGGAGAUGCGGCAGGAGUGCAAAUGCCACGGCAUGUCCGGCUCGUGUACAGUGAAAACCUGCUGGAUGCGUCUGGCCAACUUCCGUGUCAUAGGCGACAAUCUGAAGGCCCGCUUCGACGGCGCCACCCGCGUCCAGGUCAGCAACAGUCUGCGCCAGAGCAGCAACGCCGUCCCCGUCGUCAACCCCAAUGCGGCCGGACCCAACAGCGUCGUGGUGGCCGGCGUCGGCGUCGGGGGCAACGGGCUGCCGCCCUCGGUCAGCGGCUACGACGACGAGGAGCGCAUGCUCAACGACCACAUGCCCGAACUGCUGCUGGACAACAGUCAUCCCAAUAGCAAACAGCACCAUCCCAACAUGCCCUCGCCCAACAGCCUGCCCGUGGCGGGCGCCAGGUCACGCGGACACGGACGGGGUCGCCUGGGUCGCAAGCACAACAGAUACCACUUCCAGCUGAAUCCGCACAAUCCGGAGCACAAGCCGCCAGGUCCCAAGGACAUUGUCUAUCUGGAGUCAUCGCCCAGUUUCUGCGAGAAGAAUCUGAGACAGGGCAUUCUGGGCACACACGGACGGCAGUGCAACGACACCUCGCUGGGCGUCGACGGCUGUGACCUGAUGUGCUGUGGGCGUGGCUAUCGCACGCAGGAGGUCGUCGUCGUGGAGCGCUGCGCCUGCACCUUCCACUGGUGCUGCGAGGUCAAGUGCAAGCUGUGUCGAACCAAGAAGAUCAUACACACGUGUCUGUAAGCCUGUAGGCCUCCCUCUCCGGCCCCGCCCAGCCGCGGCCCGCCCUCUUGCCCGCUAGCCCAUCCGCCCCCUAAUGCCCACUUUGUGUAUGUGUUAUGUAUUUGUCUACGCUUAGCCUUUGUUAUUAGACAUUAAGAGCCUAGACUAAAGCCUAGUUAAAGUCCAUGAACCGCCCCUAAUUUAUGCGCACAUAACAGCCCCCUCUGACUUCUUAGCAGUAUUACGUACGUAUAUAUACACAAUCGUAUAUAUAAACACACACAUAUAUAUAUUUAUAUAGACAGUUCAUAGACACGACAAAAGUAGAGUAUACAACUUCGUUUUGCCCAGUUUUUAGUUUUAUAAGCAACACGCGAUCCUAGCAGCAAAUCUUUUUUUUUUUUUUGUAAAUUUCGUUGCUGUUCUGCAAGGCCCAUUAAAGUAUAAAGUAUGUUCUAAAUUGUAUUCUUAAUUUAGCUAUAGAUUUCAUAAUUUAAAAA